GUUAAAUAGAUGCAUCUAAGUUAGGAUCUGGUGCUGGUGUUGUGGUCGCUACCGCUACCGUAUGUUGUUAUUUUAUGCAGUGAUGCUGUUUCCAGGACACCAUUACUUGGGCCCCGGCAGUCACAAGGGAAGGACCCCAGUGGACGAGGACGACCGCAUUGCCAAGCGGCACGACGAGGCGUACGAAAAAGUGCAAAGCGAUACCGACGUGUUUGCAGCCGACCGGGCAUCUACAAAGGAGUUUUUCGGUGACUUUCUAUCGACAGGCAAUUGGCACUCUGCCUUGGGCGCAGCCGGUUUGGGUGCGAAGAACUUGGUCGAGGAGCACAUACUACUCACACUCCUUGACAAUGUCUGAUGCAAAGAGGAGACAUGAGGAGGACCACGACGAGGGACCAGCUACAGACGUUGUUGAUGCAAGCGACCAAAAUUAUUCCCACCAGUUUAAUGAGACCGUGGCGGAGUUUGCGGCAAUUAAUCGAGGCGUGGGCGAGCUUUCAGGAGCAGAUGCUGGGGAACCAGGAACAUCACGACGAGGAGCUGCAAAAGAUAUACAAUCCCCUCCGCUGUGGGCACUGCAGCUACAAGACAUUCCUAAACGCCGAAGAAUUGUGCAUGACGUCUUUCCCGCCCGAAACGAUGGAGAAGCUGAGAACAUUUGUGGUGAGAUUAUUAGACGGUUCGAACUUGGAGCAACCCGAUAUGCAGUCGCCGCCGUCGCUACUCACACACGAGACACUAGCCUCCCCCACGUGCAUGUCAUCCACGACUGCUCCUGGAGCAAUGGCAGCUGCAGAUGUGUGGCAUUCGCUGGCUUUGUGCGAAGACCAAACCGCUCGUCUGUUUGGUCUACAAACGCCACAGCCUGGGACUUCUUCCAUCUCAUCAAGUAUCUGUAUAGCGACCCCAGAGUUUUGGAAUACUUUAAGGUGGGAGGAAGCAACUGGGGUCGUGACUGUAGAACUCAAGUUGUGGGACAACUCGAAAAUUCAGGACACGAGUCCUCAAGAGUUUUGGAAAUACUGCACCCGCAAUUUGCGUGUGCAGCUUCAUGCCACGUCGAGUCCGGAAGUUCACCAAGCCAUUCAGACGAUUAUUCGUUACGCGCACGAGAGGGUGGGCAAACAAAGUCCCGAAAACGUACAAAGAGACAAGCGGAGGAAUCCAUCUAUGAUUGGCUCAGGGAAAACCCCGUAUCGCCGCUAACGAAUAUUGUGCAAACUCCCAAGUGGCUUGCAGACCCCACCUUUCGGUUUAUCCGACUGGACGACAAGCACCUGCAGAGGGCCAUUCAAGUUUUUAACGACGAGAUGUGCAGUUACACUACCCUCGACUUUAUCGAGCUGUACCAACACACACAGCCAUUGUUUGACGCUCCACACGGCGACUUGGAUGCUCACUAUAUGACUGUGCAAGACUCGUUUGAUGCUGUCUUGGAACUGCUAAACUUUCAGUUUGACGACAACCAGCUCGACUGUCUGACUUUGUAAACAACCUCUAUAUGCUUGUCGAGAAGCUGGUGCCCAAGAAGAAUUGUAUUGAAGUGGUGUCUCCCCCGAGUGCUGGCAAGAACUUUUUUUUUGACGCUGUGCUUUCUUUUUAUAUAAACAGGGGCACUAUACACAACUUUAACCGCUUUUCAAACUUUCCACUACAAGACACUGUAGGCCGCCGCAUACUGGUGUGGAACGAGCCAAACUGAGUCUUCUGCAUUUGACACGGUCAAGAAAAUCUUUGGCGGCGACGUGGACUCUGUGGCAGUCAAGUACUCACCCGACCAGACCAUCUCGUGAACGCCUGUCAUUGUCCUCUCUAACAAUGAAGUCUUUCCUGCUGACGAUGCCUUUAACCACCGCAUGUUUCGCUACAAGUGGAAGGCCUGUCCAUUGCUCAAGCGUCAUGCAAAGAAGGUGCACCCCAUGUCCCUGGUGCUUUUGUAUGACAAGUUUGUACUCGAUGCUGACUAUAUGCUUGCCCGUCAAGAAAUAAACCUUUCA